UUACACAGGGCAUCUUGAAGUAUCAGGAACAGCAAGACGGUCGAUCAAGCAAAUCGUUGGCUGUGGGAUAGAUUUUACAAGAUAUCCACGUUUGGGAAUUACCAGAUCGGCAUCCAUUCGUUAGUCGCAGCAAGUCAAGAUACAGCCUCAGGUUCGCGGCCAAAUGGAACGAGCUUGCUCUUGGUCUCCAAAUCUCGCCAUGGCCGCUCAACCAACACAAACGUUCUUUAAGUCAGAACCCGGCAAAGGGGACGACUCACCCGCUAACGUUAGCAACAACGAAGCCCUCGACCUCGUCAAGAUCGGCGUGCCCUCGGUAGUCGGCGGGCUGAUGCUGUUCGGGGCGGUGUUUGCGGCGGCGUGUGUUUAUGGUUUUGCGGGGGAUGAUGAAGACGGGAAGGGGUACGGUUUCGAGCGCGAGGCGGUGGUUCCUAUCGUCAUGAUGGGGGAUGAUGCAGCACAGGGCAGUGGGAGUGGUGCCUCGGGGACGGGGUAUGGGAACCUAGGGCGUGGAGCGGCAGUACCGGAGCAGGGGAAUGGGUUCGAGAGGGGGUAUUGGGGUGAUAGGCACUGGAUGGGCGGGUGAAGUUGGCGGUGAUGGUGAACGCGCAGUUUCUGGCAGCGCUUUUGGAAUUAUAAUCUUGGCCAGCUCUCAGGGUGUCUGCUUUGGUGAGAGAGCACGGGUGGAAUAUCAAGCGUGGUCUUUUGCCUGCAUAUCCAUGGCUUGUCUACACAGAAAUGAUAUGCAUGGCCUAUCCGGCCUGCUUCCAUGAACAGUGGCAACUAAUGAAGAAAAAGCAAGGCACCCGGAGCGUCCCUCAAAAUUUCCCGACUUUUAGAUUUCACCACAUUUUGUACUUGCU